GCUACCCCGGGAGCGGGCCAUGCCGCCGCGGGAGCUGAGCGAGGCCGAGCCACCGCCUCUCCCAGCCUCAACCCCUCCUCCGCGGCGGCGCAGCGCGCCUCCGGAGCUGGGCAUCAAAUGCGUGCUAGUGGGCGAUGGCGCGGUGGGCAAGAGCAGCCUCAUCGUCAGCUACACCUGCAAUGGGUACCCGGCGCGCUACCGGCCCACGGCACUGGACACCUUCUCCGUGCAAGUCCUGGUAGAUGGAGCCCCUGUGCGAAUCGAGCUCUGGGACACUGCAGGGCAGGAGGACUUUGACCGGCUUCGCUCCCUCUGUUACCCGGACACUGAUGUCUUUCUGGCUUGCUUCAGCGUGGUGCAGCCCAGCUCCUUCCAAAACAUCACAGAAAAAUGGCUGCCGGAGAUCCGCACUCACAACCCCCAAGCACCUGUGUUGCUGGUGGGUACUCAGGCUGACCUGAGGGACGACGUCAAUGUACUCAUUCAGCUGGACCAGGGAGGUCGGGAGCCCAGUACCCCAACCCAAGCCCAGGGUCUGGCCGAGAAGAUCCGGGCCUGCUGCUACCUUGAGUGCUCAGCCUUGACGCAGAAGAACUUGAAGGAGGUGUUUGACUCGGCCAUUCUCAGUGCCAUUGAGCACAAAGCUCGCCUGGAGAAGAAACUGAACGCAAAAGGUGUGCGCACGCUCUCCCGCUGCCGCUGGAAGAAGUUCUUCUGCUUCGUUUGAGCAGUUACCGCAGGGCAAGCGGUAGGCAGCAGGCGGGCGGGCGGCCGGCCGGAGACUCCUGGACCCUGGGACAUGGGGCACUAGCAGGCUGGCCUGGCCACUCCUGGGACUCAGUUCUCUAUUGAACGCAGGGGAUGUGGGCCUCUAGCUGCACACGCUGCUAAGACAGGGGGAGCUCUGUCCUGUGCAGGGGGCUGGCUCUGAUUUGGAUGUCUUUGGUCAAGACUCACAGGAAAAUCCCAGCACUUGGAUUUCGUGGGAUAAUCGCAUCCGUGUCAGUGUGUCUGAGCAGCUUGGGAUGGAAUUCCCAGUUUCUUACCGUGGGGCCACAGGUCAGCUUGGUUGAAUGCAGCCCAUUGUGGGUGGCCUCACCCUCUCCUAGCGCGGGUGUGAUAAAGCAGGGGAAACAGAGAGGCGUCCUGGAGGGUUGGAAGGUGGUCAGCCUUGAUUUGGAGCGGUUUGAGAUGGAGUAUGAAGAGGAGGCCAGUGAGAGACUGAGACGGGAGGGAAACAGGAAGUGAGACUUGAUGUGGUGGACUGGAGGCAGAUGAGAGGACUGGGCUGGAGGGAGAAGGCGAGCAGGGUGGACAGCUGUGGAGA